GAGAGAGAGAGAGAGAGAGAGAGAGAGAGAGAGAGAGAGCUACCGCGUUGGGAAAGUGGGCUCGCAGUGGAGACCGACGGCUGACGAAGAUGGGGAGUCCGGACGACGUCAGUGACAAGGAGCUCACACUAGAGCACGUGCGGGCGGCUGCGGUCUUCAGCAUGCAUACGGCAGCCCCUCCAGAAGACGUGGUAGAAGGAGGACGCAGCAAUCCAGUCGGAGAUCAUGCAGGGACAAAUGCUUGUCUUGGCGACAUUGAAUGAGACGAAAAUGGCGUACUCGAAUGAUGAGGAGAGGUCUUUAAUCUCUUCGUUUAACAAGGAUCAGCGCAAGUAUGGGAGUACAUCAACAUAUAUAAAGAAGCCUGAAAGGUUUAUUACCUAUGAAGUGCAAGUUGGGGACACGCUGCAGGGCAUUUCUCUGAAACACAACGUCACGAUGGAGCAGCUGAAGCGGGCCAAUCGGCUGUGGACCAACGACAGUCUGCACCUGCGCCGGACACUGCUGGUGCCUGUCCCGCUGGAACCGGGCGACGUAUCGGCGCCAGAGGGCGCCGUGCUGUCGGGCUCCACCAGCCUCGACAGCCUCCACUCGUCCUCCUCGUGCUCUACGCGCACCAACGGCCUGCACCGCACCAGCUCGCAGACAGAGCUCGACAAGUCUGAGCAGAGCGCCGCCGACUUCCUCAGCAACAUCGACAGCGUCAUCGCCAGCAGCCGGCGCAGCGUCAAGAAGCUGGAGACCUGCCAACCCCUCUCGGAGACGGACGAGGACGUGCUGUUCGUGCGGCCGGCGCACUCGCGGCUGCGUGACCGCCUGUACCGGCCGACUGACCCGGCCGCCGUGCCGACCACGGCCGUGCGCGGCUCGCGGCGUCUCGAGGCCGCCCGCCGCCGCACCGAGACGCGGCACAACGACAUCUUCGAGCUGUGAUGGCGGCCACGGUCCGCGCCGCCGGCUCGCCUGGCGCGUCUCUCGCCGCCGCGGCUGCAGCGGCGGUCUCCGGCAGCACGGCUUGCCACGGGCGUGACGCGCGUUUGGUCGGCUGACGCUGCUCCUGGUUCGGUUCACGGUUGGGACGCACGGUGUAGACGAUCUGUCCUACUUAACGCAGCCAUCUGUCAGGGAGGGGCAGUCAGCUUGCCGCGCUGAUCGUCUCUGUUACCGCCGGUGGACAAAAACAGAACCAUACGGAGCAGUUGGUUUGCGUUGCGUCUUAAAGGCAGGGGAAACGUUUUGGCAGGCAGGAAUUAUAAUAGGCUGCUUUGCACUUCGGACGAAUCAAUCUCUGCAGUGAUUAUAUUGAUGCUGAUAUCCUUGCUCCUUUUACUGGGGUAUGCUUCACUGAUUAUGGUUGGCAUUGUGGGUGAUGACAAAAAUUUAAAAGUAGAAUGUGCGCACGUCAUGCUCGGCGGGAGCUGGUCGGACGAGCGGUUCCUGUCGUUGCCCCCCUCUGUCGUGGAAAGCUGUGGUAGGUUUUUCAUAUGUGAGGCUGAUGCCGCAGUUUCUGUGAUGAUCGGAGAUUGUAAGUGUGCUCAUAUGCCGCCGAAUGUUGAUGUUUCGAACAUGUUUAUGUGUUGAUUGGAGGCGAGGCAGGUGCUUACGUGCUCUUGCGAGUCAGCCGCGCUCGUAAAGUAAGUUUGUUUCUCACAAUGAACUGGUCUAGUCUUCUGCGUAGCCUUAGUUUGUAACGGGAUUUCAUUAUGGGAUGCAUACUGCAGGUUUACGUAUAAUUUUGAACAGCCUAUGAAUGCAUAAUUAUGUUCCGUUUGCGCGAUUAUGAUACGCCAACCUAAAGUCGCCAAUGGGUCGCUUCCACCAUCUAGGGGCCACUAUCAUUAAGGUCUAGUCACUUGAUGGAUACAAAGAUGGCAGCACGUAUUGCCGGGGGCGUUCAUACAGACGAUAUCUGUUCCGACGGCUGGGCGAGCUGAGCACGCCGUGGCCAUUGAUGGCCGGCAGCUCUGGUAUGCGGGACCGUGGGGUGUGUCGUGGCUCGACGGCUGUCCGUCGCCCUUUAGUGUUCUGACCGGCUCUGGAAUCACGUCCGCAUGAUGCACCGACUGCUGGGUGGUGGCGGUCUGUGUGGUGUGGAUUCCAGGUUGGCAACCAUUGGACAGACUAGCUUGGAGGAAGAGUGUAACGUGUGUGGCCCAUGGCGGCAAAAUACAUUAUUUUAUCAUG